AUUGCCCCACAUCUUUAAUGUAUAUUCAAGCUGGUUCUGUGUGUCAGUGCACACCACCAAGGAAUCUUGAUUAUAUAUUAUAUACACACAUAUAAAUAUAUAUAUAGAGAGAGAGAGGUAGAGAGAGAGAGAAAGAGAAAGAGAAAAGUGUAUAUGUGUUGUGUAUUUAUCUGUAAUCUUUAUUUAUUAGAAGACUGAAAAUGUUGGCUCAAAUUUAAAACUCACCAAAUCUUGUCUUUGAAGAAAUGCACCAAAAACUGGAAUAAACCAGUUGUUGUUUCUUCUUCUUGUUGUCUUGCUGAUCACCAUAUCUCAGUUGCAAACAGACAACUGAAAAUCAGCAUAUACCAGAAAACAUCAUGUUAACUCACAACAAUAAAACCAAACACAAAUAUUCUUUCUUAACUGCCAAUCCAAACAUGCCUUCUACUUCUACUUCUAUUUCAUCUUCUUCCUUAAUUUUCAUAUUUGUUUGUACUAUGUUCUUGUUUGUUUCUGUUACUGAAUCUGUAUUGAUUAAUGAAACAAGAUUUAAGCCAAUGGAAGAGUUGAAGAAGCUCAGAAGAGUUAGAGCUCAUUUGAAGAAGAUCAAUAAACCUUGUGUCAAGACCAUUCAGAGUCCUGAUGGUGAUUUGAUAGAUUGUGUUCCUUCUCAUCUUCAACCAGCAUUUGAUCAUCCUAAGCUUAAAGGACAAAUACCAUUGGAACCACCAUUAGAGAGGCCAAAAGGGCAUAACUCAAGUGAUGAAACAUUUGAAACAAUUCAACUAUGGGCCGAAUCGAGCGAAUUCUGCCCAAAUGGAACCAUUCCCAUUAGAAGAACAACCAAAAAAGAUAUUUUACGUGCGAAUUCACUAAAAAGAUUUGGAAGAAAGAUUAGACGUGUGAGGCGCGAUACCAUGAGUGGUGGUCACGAGCAUGCAGUUGGUUUUGUAAAUGGAGAUAGAUACUAUGGAGCAAAGGCCAACAUGAAUGUAUGGUCACCUAGAGUUACUGAACCAUAUGAGUUUAGUUUGUCACAGUUAUGGGUCAUAUCCGGUUCAUUUGGUCAUGAUCUUAAUACCAUAGAAGCCGGUUGGCAGGUUAGCCCGGAGUUAUACGGAGAUGGUUAUCCUAGAUUUUUCACUUACUGGACAACUGAUGCAUACCGAGAAACCGGGUGCUAUAACUUACUAUGUUCAGGAUUUGUUCAAACAAAUAACAGGAUUGCCAUAGGUGCCGCGAUAUCUCCUCGAUCAUCUUACAACGGCAGACAAUUCGAUAUCAGUGUGACGAUAUGGAAGGACCCUAAACAUGGACACUGGUGGCUCCAACUAGGAUCCGGGGUGCUAAUCGGCUAUUGGCCAUCGUUCUUAUUUAGUCAUUUGCAAAAACACGCAAGUAUGAUACAAUUCGGCGGGGAAAUAGUGAACUCGAGAUCAAGAGGUCAUCACACAUAUACACAAAUGGGUAGUGGUCAUUUUGCAAGUGAAGGUUAUGGGAAAGCUGCUUAUUUUAGAAACUUGCAGGUUGUUGAUUGGGGCAAUACUUUGAUCCCUUUAUCAAAUCCACAUUUAUUGGCUGAUCAUCCAAAUUGUUAUAGCAUAAAGUCUGGAAAAAAUAAUGUUUGGGGAAAUUAUAUUUAUUAUGGAGGCCCAGGAAGAAAUGCAGGUUGUCAAUAGAGAGUAAUUGCAUAGGAUAACCUUGUUAUUUAUAUGAUUAAUUCUUUCCUUAGCAUUAAAAAAAGAUUUGGAGGAUUUUUUGAAUUUUUUAGAUCCUUUUAUUUGUGUUAGGUUGAGGGAUCUUGUAUAUUAAGGUUAGGGGAAAUUGGUUUAUAAUAUUAAUAUGUAUUAUGGUUCGUUUUGUAUUGACUAUUGACCUUGAAAACAUUUGAAUACACAUUAGGUGAUUUAUCAACCAA